AUUCCACACCUAUUAUUCCAGAUUUGAGCAAUAUCUCAUUGCUGGAGGUUUGCCCUAGCUUAUCUUAGAUGGAAUAUAGCUCACCCGUGUAUUGGUUUUCUGUACUGGUUAGUUGUAUCUUGCUCUUGUUAUCUGUUUUACUAUGGAGAAGGAAAACCAAAAUGCCUCCUCUUCCACCCGGACCACCUGCCUGGCCUGUUGUAGGAAACCUCUUUCAGCUGGGCAAAAAACCCAACGAUUCACUAUUUGCCCUCUCUCGUCAAUAUGGCCCGUUGAUGACAGUCUCUCUUGGCAUGAAGAAAACCGUUGUGGUCUCAACUUCUGCCAUGGCAAAGGAGGUGCUCAAAACCCAUGACCAUAACUUUGCCGGGCGGACCCUCAUACAGGCAAUGAAGGUACUUUCUUACCACAAGUCCUCACUAAUAUGGGGUCAAUACGGACCCUACUGGAGGAAACUCAGACGUAUUUGCACUACAGAGUUCUUGUCUCCCAAGAAACUCCAAGCUUCUCAUCAUGUUAGAAGAGAUUCAGUCUUCGAAAUGAUUCGAUUAAUUUUCGAGGAGCACUGUGUGAAGGGAAAGAGUGUGCCCAUUGGGGUUACAAUGAAUCGCACGGGCCUGAAUCUGAUAGGUAAUAUGAUAUUUAGUACAAAGGUAUUCGAUCCCAGUAAUCCUGAUUGUGUUGAGCUCACCAACGCUCUUACAUCAUGGGCAAAGCUUUGCCAAAAACCUAAUUUGGCUGAUUUUUUUCCAUGGCUUGGGUUUCUGGAUCUCCAUGGUGUGGGCCGUAAGAUAGGAGUCGAGUUAAAGCGUGCUCAACAUUGCUUAGAUCUAUUCAUAAGCAAUCGAUUGGCAAGAAGCAGCACAGAAUUGGGUAAUGAAAGGGAGGCGAGAAAGGAUUUUCUGGACUCCUUGCUAGAGCUGAGAGAUCAGGGAGAUCACGAUCUAUCUCUUACCGAAAUCAGAUCAAUAGUUUUUGAGCUUUUGGUGGCCGGUAGUGAUACUACAGGUGCGACACUAGAGUGGGCAAUGGCGGAACUCAUUCAUAACCCACACACAAUGAAAAGGGCCCAAGCAGAACUGGAAGAAGUUGUGGGUCGAGAGAGAAGAGUGGAAGAAUCUGAUAUGGAUCAUCUGCCUUAUCUCCGUGCAGUGGUGAAAGAAGUGUUUCGUUUGCACCCAGUUGCGCCUCUUCUGCUCCCUCACAGAGCGGACAGCUCUUGUGAAAUAAUGGGGUUUGUGAUCCCCAAAGACACGCAGAUUUGGGUGAACGUGUGGGCAAUAGGAAGGGAUCCUGCAGUGUGGAAGGAGGCCUCUAAGUUUAUGCCAGAGAGAUUUCUGGAGGAUGAGAAAAGUAAGAUGGACUUUAAAGGCCAGGAUUUUGAUCUCAUACCACUUGGAGCAGGAAGAAGAAUAUGCGUGGGGCUUCCUCUAGCUGAUAAAAUGGUUCAUUUGAUUUUGGCUUCGCUGAUCCAUUCCUUCGACUGGAGUCUUCCUGAUGGAAUAAGUGUGGAGGAAAUGGACAUGAGCGACGUGUUUGGAAUUGUGUUGAAGAAGCGUCUAGAGUUGCAAGCAAUCCCCACACCACGCCUGCCACACAGCCUAUAUUAGUACUUCCCUAGAACCAGUCCACAUUAUCAAUGUCUAAAUUGUUUAUUUUGUGUGUAAAAAUUAAGGAUGAUGAUUAAGUUGUGGUGUUGUUGUUCUUGUCAUUAAGGUUCAAAUUCUAUUAGGAUUAUCAUUGAACCUUUUCUUUAGAUAUGAAGUCGUGUGGUGUGAUCCCAUGGUAUAAUUCAAGAUCGUUUAAUUUCAAUCAUUAGAUAA